AUGCAGUACAAAGGGAUCAACAGAAUGACAAGGGAAAAGAUACUUGCAUCUGAGGAAUUCAAGAAGAUGAGGUCCCUUACACAAUCAGAUGUGAUUCGGAGCAUCCAGUCUUUGGAUUCUAUAGGAGGUCUGGUCAGAGAUACACCCCAUCGAUUUCUAUGUCUUGUUCAGAAAAUGGGAGCUAUCUCCUUGGAUGAAGAUGUUAUUGCUGCCAAUCUGGGGGAUUUCAGGCCUGAAGAGCCCCUACUCUCAAACUCCUCAAUGGAAAUGUUUCGCGGGAACGUCUGUUUCAUAGCGGCUUCUCUCUUAUAUCUAAGACUUUCAAAGAGGUUCCAUAAAUACGAGUCCUUGGUUAGGUCGUUUCUGAUGGACUUCAGGAAGGUACCCAUGGUUGAUGGAGAAAAUAAUAAGACGUUUAUAUACCUCGAUGUACUCGCAGACGAUUUGCUUAACAGGACCAGGGUGUUCAAUGUCCAUUUGAAGAAAACCUUCUAA